AUGUUACAACCAGUGAUGCAUAUUCUAAAACAGAAAAAUAUUGUAUUGGCUAGCGGGUCUCCUAGAAGAAAAGAAUUAGUUGAAAAUAUAGGACUUAAAGUACAACUAUGUUCAUCAUUAUUUGAAGAAAAUUUGGACCCUCACAGUUUUAAAAGUUUCUCAGAAUUUGUGGAGGAGACAGCUUUGCAAAAAGUUUUAGAAGUUGAAAACAGGCUGAUUUGUGAAGGAAAUGUGCCAGAUAUUGUGAUAGGAGCUGAUACUAUGGUCACCUUGGGUAAAGAGAUGUUUGGUAAACCUACUUCUGAACAUGAAGCAUUUGAAAUGUUAUCACGCCUUUCAGGAAGAGGUCACACUGUAUAUACUGGUGUAGUGGUAAAAAGUUUAGAUCAAAUUGUAAAAUUCACUGAAAAAACAAAUGUCUUCUUUGGAAAAAUGGAUGAGGAACAAAUAAGAGGCUAUAUAGCAACUGGAGAACCAAUGGACAAGGCUGGAGGGUACGGAAUACAAGGGGUGGGAGGCUCAUUCGUGGAACGUGUAGAUGGAGAUUAUUUUACUGUAGUCGGCUUACCAUUGUUUAGGCUUUGUUCCGUGCUGUAUGAUAUGUAUAAACAUGAAAUUUUACUAUAA